AUGAACUUGGUGAAAACCUGUUUCCUUUUUCUUCUUCCUCUGUCACUGAAUUCUGUAUUCUGUGUUACGGAUUUAACCACAGAUCAACCUGAUAGUUAUGCGGAGAUUCCAACCAGUUUAGGAUAUCUGCGAGGUGUAAAAGUUCCAACGAAACAAGGAUUCUAUGUUGAUUACUUCAAAGGAGUUCCGUUUGCAGAGAAACCAGAGAGAUUGAGAAAAUCCGAACUAGUUCACCGGUGGCCAGGAAUCUAUAAAGCUCUCAAGUAUCCACCCAAAUGCAUUCCGGCACACCGUCCAGCCAAUGAAUCAGAAUUUAGUGAAGAUUGUCUUUAUUUGAAUAUUCUAAAACCAAGUGGGCUAAAUACAGUAGAAAAGUAUCCGGUAGUUGUUUUCAUUCAUGGAGGUGGUUUUCAAGAAGGUAUGGGAUAUUGGAAGAUUCUGGAACAAAAACGAGAAUAUUCAGGUGAUGGGAAUGACGCUAGUUGUGAAGCGUUUGCUGAAAACUUCGUUAGCAAAGGAAUGAUAGUUAUUACUAUUCAAUAUCGACUGGCAAUGCUUGGAUUUCUUUCUCUCGGAUGCACCGAUCCUCUGAUUCCUUGUAAUCUAGGUCUUUGGGAUAUGGUCACCGCGUUUGAGUAUAUCAAUAAAACAAUCGAAGAUUUCAAUGGAGACGUUAAUAGAAUGACUUUGAUGGGUCAUAGUGCUGGUGCAAUGGCUGUCAGUCUUCAUUCCCUAUCUCCCAUUUCCUCAGUCUAUUUCCAAAAUUAUAUCCAAUUGAGUGCUUCCAGUUGGCUCUUGACCAAGUACAAAACUUCCAAUGUUGAAAAUACCCAGAGGAUUCUGCACGAUUUGAAUUGCAAUAUUUCGAGUGCCAAGACUAUCUUCGAAUGCGUCAAUUCCUCGUCACUAGAUUCCAUGUAUUCCGCACAGGUUGAUACAAAUCUGUGGCCUCAGUUUGGAGAUGACCUACUUCCUGAUAUUCCAGACAAUCUGGUCAGAACCACCCAGAACCAGAAAGUGAUGCUGGGAAUGAUGACGUUAGAAUCUCUCUACUUCACUUACCUGAAAUCGUCCCCAACAAUUUUUCCAUUCAUCCAAAGAAGUACAAUAGAAGAAUACAUAAACUCAUCGGUUGCGAUACAGUAUGGCACAAAUUGGGAAAGUGCGAAUGAUGAUUUGUCUAAUCAUUAUUUAUCCAAGAAUGCGUCAGAAAACGAUUAUCCGUAUUUCAUGUGGCAGCGUUCGUUGAUUGACUCCAACAUGGUAUUCGAUAUGCCAAUCCUUCGUGAAGCCCGGGCGAGAUCGUUAGUUUCUCCCAAUCUUUAUCUCUACCACUUCCCCUACUUCAAUCCAGCUGAAUUCGAUGAAACCUUUCCAGUCAAAGCCACAUAUCAUUGUCAAGAAUUUCCGUACAUCUGGGGUGUCUACAAAGACAAUUAUUUUGAAUUCAAUGACGAUGAUCGGGUGGUUUCUUCCUUCCUGAUCACUUCGCUGACUAAUUUCAUAUUGACAGGGAAUCCCUCCACAUCUAAUUUCACUUGGAAACUUUAUGAUUCUAAUGUGACACAUACUGUAAUCCAACCAACUCCUAUCACUGGACAGAAUCUUUUCCAGUCUGAUUUCAACUUCUGGGAGUCCAUGGCUGCCCGUUUUCAGUUUGAUCUCAUCACGGGCCUUCCUGUUGGAAACAUUGAAACCACAACCAGUUCAACCUCACCAAUCUCUGUUACUCUACUUUUACUUUCUGUAUUCAUAAUUGCACUAGCAUAA